CUAGCACAAGGCAGACGCUCCCUUAUGGGAAGCAGUGGAGGGGGUUCUUGUCAGCCGGUGCCUGGGCCCCGCCAUGUGACAUCACAGGAGAUCCUCUGCAGCUACAUUGUUGCAGAGUCAGGCCCAGCGAUGCCCCCGGUACCACCUCCCAAUUUCUCCUGGGUGGAGCCCGGACUCCUGGCUGGCAUGGCGAUGCCACGUCUCCCGGCCCAUUAUGAAUACAUGUACGAAAAUGGCAUCCGGCAUCUGGUGACCCUGACUGAGCACAAAGCCCCGCACCACGACUCCUGCCCCGGAAUCGCCCUCCACCGGAUCCGGAUCGUAGACUUCUCUCCGCCCAGCCUGGAGCAAAUCAAAACCUUCCUCAAGAUCGUGGAGGAUGCCAAGGCCAAGGGAGAGGCGGUUGGCGUCCAUUGCAUGCACGGUUUCGGUCGGACGGGCACCAUGUUGGCGUGCUUCCUGGUGAAGACGAGGAAGAUCACCGGAGUGGACGCCAUCGAUGAAAUCCGCCGGAUUCGUCACGGAUCCAUAGAGACCACCGAGCAGGAAAAAUCGGUCAUCCAAUUUCACCAUCACAUCAAGUGAUUGGAGGAUGCGGGGCGAUCGAUUCCUCGGAGCAAAACCAUUUUUACUGACUGUAUCAAUCGAAUUAAAAGUCACACUGGAGAAUCUUCUGGAAGCAAAUGGACUGAA